UGCAGUCAGUCUUGCUCUUUUCAAACUCCACAUAUUCUCACACAAGUGUUUGCAUUUUUUUUAACGCUCCCCGCCUUUCGGUCGGCGCAGAGGAGCCCCCGGAAGUUCGGCGAUCUCUCUAAUGCUCCAAACGUCUGUCACGGGGCGUGAAGGCGGAUGAUGAAUCGGCGCGUUUGCCACUUGUGUCUCCUAAGUCACGCCGCGCGGAUGCAAAAACGGCAGGCAUGACGAGCUCCGUCCCUCAUCGGCCGAUUUGUUUACGGCCAUUUGUGUACCGUCGUGAUCUUUUUACUCGGCGCUUCCUGAUCGCUUGCUUGUUGUUUUAAGUAGGCUUGGUUUUUAAGCUCAAAAAUCUUGAGCCCCACCGCAGGAAUACCAACCCUCAAGACUGAAAUCUGGCUGAGUGCUUGCUGUCAAAGCCUUAAAGAACUUUGCUUGACCCCAUCCUGACCCUACAUGCUGGAAUUAACCAGUCGAGUCAUGCAGUUAUUUCUUAUUAACACAACCACAUGUGUGUAUUAGCGAUAACCACCACUGUGGCCCAACAGGUGAGGUCAGCCUAAAUCACGGCUGAGCUCUCUCUUCCUCAAGUUGUGGUAGGAUGCCCUGGUUCUCCCAACAACAACACUUUGCAUGCCCAUUUCCAUAUAUUCCAUCCACACUGGGUGGGGUUCGUCGACGGAGUGGUUGAGAUUUAGAUUUGCUCAGUCACUCGACUCCAAUCAUUUGCGAACGGUCACAGCCCCGACCUCAACCUGGCAGGACCUCGUCUCCGUCGCCCGUAGCAGAAGACGAAGGAGAUGGCAAUAAAGGUAGAUUUUGUUGCUUUCCCAAGGAUCCGCUGGACGAUGUUGAGGUUUGGAGCGAAUCCGUGGAUAAAGUCCUCGGUUGCAAAGCCGGACAGAUAGCAUUCCGGGAGUUCCUGAAGUCGGAGUACAGCGAGGAGAACAUCCUGUUUUGGCUCGCCUGCGAGGACUACAAAAAAAUCAAGACUGUCCCGGAGAUGAUCUCGUCCGCCAACAGGAUCUACUCUGAGUUUGUCCACCCGGAAGCACCCAGACAGAUCAACAUCGACUGCACUACCAGAGAAAACAUCACAAAGAACAUCUCCCAGCCGACUCUGACGUCUUUCGACACGGCGCAGAAGCUCGUCUACAGCCUGAUGGCCAGGGAUUGCUACCCGCGCUUCCUAAAAUCUGACAUCUAUCAGGGACUCCUGAGGAAAGCCAACUCCAGGUGACUGUUCCGUUGGAAAAGGUCCCGUGAAAACCUCCUGCUGGGCUGCGAUGCUGCGUGGAUAACCAGUUUAUCCCGCACCGUCCUCAUUCUGGAGCAUAGGGAAUGUAUCUUUACUUCUUCUCAGCCUGUGUGGUUCUGUAGUGAGUUGCAGCUCUAGAGAAUUUACUGUUUAUUUAUGUUAAGACGAAGCUAAUCCUGUAGGAAACUGUGCAAAAUACAUCUUCCACGAUUAUCUAUUUCUUCUAGUCUGACUACACAGAAUCAGUUCCUUUAUUGUAAAGUAUUAUCACAACUUUGAUUGAUUAUGCAGAAAGAAAUGCUGAUUUGUUCUGCAGGUUUUUCUCUCCAUUUUAAUAUGCAAACACAUAGUUAUAUCUAUCUGCUUUACCCUCUGUUUAAAGUGUAUUUCUGUUUGCAGCUUUAAAACAUCUUACAAACUAAAUCUGUCCAGCUUGGGUGUGGUCCUUCUGAGUACAAUGCAAAUGAACAUUGAUGAGCUGCAGGGUGCAAAAAGGUCACUCGAACACCAGGUGGCAGCAAAGGUCUUGAAGUUACAAAUUGCAUUUCCCUCUAUGGAAGUCCAAAAGUGUCACAAUUCGGAUUUAGUGAGAUAAGUUGAAUACAUAUUUCGACGUGUAAAUUAAAAACCUUU